CACCAUCGACCCCUCCCCGCUCAAACCCGAACCCGCCCCCGCGGCGAUGACGUCACCGGCAACGUCAUCGCCGCCGCCGCCGCCGCCGGUGACGUCAUCGUCGGCGUCGCCGCGGAAGGGCAAGGGCGCGCCGUACGUGUGCGGCCUGUGCGCCAAGGAGUUCAAGAACGGCUACAACCUGCGGCGCCACCAGGCCACGCACGGCGUCCCCGGCGGCGCCGCCAGCGCGCCCCCCGCCCCUCCCACCCUGCUGCCCCUCCCCCAAGAGCUCCUGGACGCCCCCCAAGGCGGCGACGAGGGCACGGCGGCGGGCGACAACGCCGCCACAACAGAGGGCGGCGGCGGGCGGGCGAGGAAGAGCCACGCGUGCGACACGUGCGGGAAGGCGUUCCGGGACGUGUACCACCUGAAGCGGCACCGGCUGUCGCACACGGACGAGAGGCCCUUCCAGUGCCCCGUGUGCCAGCAGCGCUUCAAGCGCAAGGACAGGAUGGCCUCGCACGUCAGGUCCCACCAGGGACACGUGCACAAGCCCUACGCCUGCGGGCACUGCGGGAAGAGCUUCUCCAGGCCGGACCACCUGAACAGCCACGUCCGGCAGGUUCACUCCACCGAGCGGCCGUUCAAGUGCCAGACGUGCGAGGCGGCGUUCGCCACGCGUGACCGGCUGCGCGCGCACGCCGUGCGCCACGAGGACAAGGUGCCGUGCCACGUGUGCGGCAAGCUGCUGAGCGCCGCCUACGUCAGCGACCACCUGCGCGUGCACGGCCCGGCCCCCCGCGCCCAGGCCACGCCCAGAGGUUCCGGCUGCCCCGCCCCCUCCCCAAGCCCCGCCCCCGCCCCUCCCCCACCCAUGGACGGGACCCCCGGGGGCAGCCAGGGCUGGUGAGGGGGGGAGGGGCCAAACAAACCCCGCCCCCACCCCUCAAGCUCCGCCCAU